GUUUGGUGUAUUAGUAUAGAAGCUUCCGGGUAUAAUAUAUCACAUGCAUGGAGCGUCAUUGGAUACAAACAAGGAAGUAGUUUAUAAUAUACGACUGACAAUUUAACUAUCAUAUGGACAAUUUCCCAUAUGGGUGCUGCAUGUAGCUCAGAGCCAGAGUAUAAACAUAUUCCACAUUCAGCUGUCAUAGAAACACUCCAUCCGUCAGAUUUACAACAAAAUCCUGCAAUAGUACUGCAAAAGCCUCAUGUAGAUAAGAAAGUAAAAUUUGACCAAGAUACAGAGAAAAAGGAAAAGUUAGAUACUGCACCAAAAAUGGAUAGAAUAACUCCUGGUAAAGCUCCUCCUAAAAGGACAAUUUCUGUCCUGAAACAGAUGGGAGAUGAUGAACGAUUGAAGAGAAAUCCUGAAAUAAAGGAAUUCUUGACAGAUUUCAUCAAUGUUCGUGUGUACAUAGAAAAAAUCCUCAAUAAAGAUGAGUGUGUGGAUGAUGAGUAUGAAGAAUUACAUAAAAUGUUAACAGAAAAGAUCAUUGAACCUUUCAAUAAACAGACGAAGGAUGAGGGCAGAUUAUUAAUGGGGGAUCAUCUAGCUAAAAUUGGUUUUGUGAAGCCAUUAGUAGAAUUAUAUGAUAAAAUUUUAGAGGAGCAUGAUAUACAUGAAGGUAUUUCUCCAAGUCUUGAUGAUGAUGAUGGUGAACAACAAUAUUAUAUAGCUAUUGUAGAUAUAAGAUCAAUACUAUGGAACUUCUCUGAUACCAGUAAAGACUUUGGAAUGUCUAUUGCUCAAAAUACAGAUUUUUUUCAAUCUAUAGUCAAGGACUUGAAAAUUACUUUUAAAGAAGGACUGGAAAAUUUGUCAGCAGAAGAAUUCUCCUUUAAUUCAGCUGUAGCCAUAACAACAAACUGUGGACGAGCUGGAGUACAAAAGUCAAAUUUCAAAGUAGAGGUCAUCAAAAAGGACAACUCCGAACCAGUUUAUAUCCACAUGGUGGACGUUCUUACUCCAUUCCUCAAGUCCAAAGAACAAUUUGUGAAAUUAACCACCUUGUUGGCAUUGUCCUACAUGGUAAAUGAAGAUCAGAAUAGGUUUUUAACUGCGGAUCUGUCGUUGUUUGAUUUCCUACUGGAGAUGAUCAAACUAGCCAUGAAAGACAAGGACAGACGUUACUCUGGUUUCAGUGUUCAUGAACUAGUUGAAGGACUCGCUGGUCUAGCUAAAAAUGAUGAGAAUAAAUUAAAGAUAAUGGAAAAGAAAGAUACUUAUCCUCUUCUGAAGAAAUCCAUUAUGCAAAAUAAAGCCGAACAAGAACAGUUAGCUGCAGUCAGGGCGGUAUGGGAGUUAUCUUUUGUUGAAAAGAACAAAAAGAUUUUGGCUAAAGAUAAAGAUCUGAUGUCAAAAUUAGAGAGUUUGCAAAAACAUGAUAAUCAAGAUAUAGCUAAUUCAGCAGGAAGAGCAUUGUUUGUCAUCAAUCCUGAUAAUGAGAAAAAUCUGAUGAAAUCAGUUGAUGAUUCUAAAUCUAAGCUGGAACACCCUGAACAAGAACAUAUUAUGAUAAGUUACCAGUGGAGUAACCAGAAAACUAUACUUCAGAUAAAGGACAAGUUAAGACAAAACAAUUUCCCUGUAUGGAUAGAUGUAGAUUUCAUGGAAGGUUCUAUGCUUCAGAUGAUGGCUUCAGCUAUAGAAAAGGCAUCAGUGGUGUUAAUUUGUUACUCAGAAAAAUACAAGGACAGUAAAAACUGCAGAACAGAGGCAGAGUAUGCUUUUGCUCGAGACAAAAUGAUAAUUCCUGUUUUAUUACAAAACAGAUACAGACCUGACGGCUGGCUUGGUAUCCUUAUUGGAUCUAAGAAAUUCUAUGAUUUUAGUGGCAAAUAUGAUUUUGAAAAAAAGUUUCUGGAAUUGAGAGGUGAACUAGAAGGACAGUUGUUACAAAAGAAAAGACAGCCUGCAAUAAUGAAGGAUUUAGUGAAUCAAGUAGUGAACGACUAUGAGGAUGUGACAAGAGAAAUAGGUGUAUUAAGCUGGACAAAACAGGACUUAGAAAACUGGUUAAAACAAAAUCAAUUAGAAGCGUUUUCUAGCCUUCACUCACUGACAGGUGAACAAAUUGGAUUCUUGUAUAAAUUAUUUAGAAGGGCUCCAGAUUUUUUCUACAAAUGUUUGGAAGAAAAACUUGGAUUGAAGUCUUUAGAAGAUCUGAUGAAAUUUGACAAAGCUUUAGAAAAACUUAGCAGAGACCAUCCAGAAAUUAACAAGCUUCUUUAAGGAUAAAUCUGUUCAUCAUGGUACCAUGUGCCAAGUGAAUAAUCAACAACUGCUGUUUCAUUCUAAAACGUUUGAGCACUCACUAUAGAAGGACAGAGUUAGGCAUUUUUAGCCAGGUUUUAUUUCAGUUAUUGACUAAUGCAUGACAAUGUAGAACUCAACAACCACAAUUGCCAUUUAAGUAGAGUAUAUCAGUGAUGUAAUUGUCUUUCACUAUCAGUGUUAUCUAUCAGUAUUGACUUCAUUCAAUUUUGUCUAGCCUUGACAGAGUCAAAAAGCGAGACAUAGGUAUGCUGUUUCCUGUGGCGGCAGCAUCAACAAUGUAUAAGGUUGAGAUUAGGUCUAGUUUAUGGUGAUCCACUAGUGGUAGUUCAAUGAUAUUUGGUAUGCAGUUGUAUAAGCAUUGGCAUAUCUUAUUUCCAUGGAGAUUAUUUGGCUCUGCCCCCUCAGUCAUGGUCUAUUGACUUUGAAACUUUUUCUUAGUUUACAUGUAUUAGUUUGUGAUUAGGUCAGUUCAAGGGGAACCAUUAGUGGUAGGCCAAUGUUAAUUGGUAUGCAGUUGUAUAAGCAUUAGCACAUCCCAUUUCCAUGGAGAAUAUUUGGCCUCGCCCCCCAGUCAUGGUCUACUGAUUUUGAAACUUUUGCUUAGUUAGCAUGUAUUAGUUUGUGAUUAAAUCAGUUUAAGAUGAACUGCUAAUGUUAAGUUAAUGAUAUUUGGUAUGCAAAUUUAUUGACAUUUGCAAGUCUUGUUUUCAUGGAGAUUAUAUAGCCCCACCCCUCAUCAUGGUUUAUUGACUUUGAAACUUUUACAUAGUUUAUAAGUUAAUGUUUGUGUUUAGGUUUGUUUAAAGGGAACGACUUAUGAUUGGUCAAUGGUAUUUGGUAUGCAGUUGUAUUAGCAUUGGCAAAUUUCAUUUCCAUGGAGAUUGUUUAGCCAUGUACCUUCAGUCAUGGUUCAUUGACUUUGAAUAUUUGCAUAACUUACAUGUUAAAGUAUUGCUAUUUUAAUUUCAACAUUUGCAUUAUCAAGAUUACAAUAAGGCUAGACAUAUCUCUGUGUUCACAGUUUAUUUAUUUGUUUAUUACCCAAGUCUAUAUUUUACAUGACACAGGCUGUUAACCAGCCUCAAUCAAUCAAAAUCUAUUAAUGUGUAUUAAUGAUUCACCUAAAUGCGCUGAAUUAUAGUAAUUUUCUGUACAUGUAUAUACAUGUAUACAGUAUGUCUUGACAUAUAUAACAACCGAAUAUCUGCUAUCAUUUUUUGCCCAGAAAAAUCAACAUAAAAUAAGUUCAAAAGAAAAUAAAAUAUUGUUCAUUUCAGUAUUUUUUCCCUUUUCUGUCUAAUCUUUAAAUAGGACUCAAAUGAUGUUAAUAUCAAAAUGGUGAAGAAUACAAAUACUGGUAUGUAAGGAAUCUUUCCUGAAAUAUCAAAAUAAAUACCAUUACACCUCUAUGAUUUUGUCAGUCAUAGCCCUUCCUACAACAUUUAUUUAGAUUUUUUUAAAACAGAAAAAUUGCCUUGAUGAAGAUAAAAGUAGUUCCUUUCCCAGGAAGUAAUAAUGCUUUACUGGAAGAUAGAGGUGAUAUUAUAUAUAUUUUAGCUAUAUAAUAUAAUUUGUUCAAAUAACAUUGGAAAUGUAGAUAUACAAGUAUUACAUAAUUCAUAUUGUAAGACCUAAUAUUACAAGUGCAAAAAAACAGUAAAAUAUGUCUUAAUUUACUGCUACAAACAACUACAUACCAUAGAAGGGGAAUAACUCAGAUUAAUUUGUAGUUGUAAAGUACAAAAUCCAGACUUUUGGACAAGGCUACAAAUGAAGUUUUUGUAAAUAACUACGCAUAAUGUUCUUUAAGUGUAAAGUUACAAUUUUACCAGUCAAACUACACAAUGAAAUACACAAUGAAUUGUAUGGAAGAUCAAAUUUUAUUCUGCUAUUUUAAUGCAAAUAGUGUUUAUACUAGAUUCUGGAAUUUUCUGCAGAUUUGACAUAGAGAAAAUAUUGAUAUAUACCAGACUGAAUGAACAUUCUUCUCAUAUCAAAGUUUUAAUUUAAUCUCUAUACAAUUCCAUUUGUUUUCAAUAAUGAUUUACAUGUAUAUAAUAUUAUUGUUUAACAAAAUGUUGUUAAUGAUUUCAUGCUUUAAGGGCAUACGAUACAGUUACAGGGGAGGUAAUGACGUCCCUAAAGUAAAAUGUUAUUUUUCGCUAUGUCAUACUGUAACAUAUCAGGAAAAGAUGAAAUUUCUGACUGAUUUUUAUUAUUCAGACUGAUUUUUAUUAUUCAGAAAAUUAUUCAGACUGAUUUUUAUUAUUCAGACUGAUUUAACUUGAAAACUAGUUAAUGGACAUCUCUUUUUAAAAAUGAAAUUUGAUUUAAUUAUGUGUGAAGAUUACUUGUGCCAAUUUUUAUGAACAUUUCACCGAUGAAGUUUUUUUUUAAGUAGAUCAAUAUACAUAAAAAAAUGCCAUUUUUUAAUAAAAUAGUGAAAAUAUGAUAAAAAUUUAUUACUUCCAAAGAAUUGUUACAAAAGUCCAAAGCCAACUUAUGUAGAAAAGAUAUUCCAAAUGUUUUUACAAAAAUCCGCUUGCAUUUAUCUUUUGAAACAAAAAAGUUAGAUAUGUCUUUCCAAAGGAUAGAAAUGUCCAGGAAACCAAAAUUUCCAGUAAAUGUCCAAAGUUUCAACCCCAUUUAUCUCUAAAAGUAGCACAUGAAGAUAUAUUUUUUAUUACAUAUUUGAAUUGACUAGGUGAAAAAUAGCUUGUAUGCAAACUCAUCAAAACUUCACCGUGGGAUCAAAACUGUAUGUAUGCCCUUAACAGUAGUACCAGCAAAACAAUAAUGUUGUAUCUGGUUUCCAACGGUUUUGGCUCAUUGUUAUAGACGUUGCAUCUCAAUGCAAAUUAUUUUUAUUUUUUAUUUUUUGUCCAGUAUUUUUUUCCCGGCCAGUAAUAUUAAUUGACCAUCACCAUCCAUAACCUUUGCAAACUUUGAAGAAGCCUAAUUUUUGUUCUUGCCAAAAAUAGAAUAUUUUCUUUAAAUAUCCUUAAGAACAUUGGAAAUAUGACCAGAAUCAAAGACCUACAUUAUAUUAUUUGUAAGUAAAAGCUGCCAAAUACAUGUACACUUAAUACAUGCUUUGAGAAAGUAUAAAAUUGAAUUGUAUGAGUUUUAGUUACAUGAAGACCCUCCUAUCCAGAACAAUUAAAUAUUAUAGAAGAGCUUUAUUUUUUAGAGUAAAUAUAUUUAUUCAUGUACAUUAUAAUAUUUUUUUGUAAAUUGGUGAAACAUAUGUUAAAGGUAAAACAGCUUGAUCCAGGAUAAAUAAGUAUUUGUAUUUAUUGAACAGCUAGUUUUAAUUUUGACAUUGAUGUUUUGUUGUAUGUCAUAAUGAUUUGAUUUUGACUGUGAUAGUAUAUAUAUGAACAGUUUUUUAAACAUUUAUUUACAUAAUAUAGAAUUGUUCACUUUUCAUGCUUUAGACCAUUUUAUUGGUUGUUUAUGUGAAUUUCUCAAGUAAAGAAUGGGAGAUAACUCUAGUUAUUUUAUUUGACUUUUAUUUAUUGAUUGUAAAUUAGGCCUUUUUCCUGAUUGUCCUCUUUGUUUUCUGUUGGAGAGAGCACUAUACCCGAUUUUGAAACAUAAUUCCUGUGAUCUUUUAAAAGUAUUUUUUAUUAAAACUUCUGUACUCACAAGAACAAAUUAUUUUUUUCUGUAUCUUAAUUUGCAUGGAUUGUUUAUAAAUUAUCUAAUUUGAUAGCAUAGAUAUUUGUGCAAAAAGUUAAAACAUUUUUAAUUCUGUGAACAAAUUAAUUUUGUAACCAAAUGAUGUUAACUCAAACAUCAAUGAUCCAACUAUACAAAUGAAUACCAUUGUAUAAAAUAUCUAAGGUUUUUGCAUUUUUUAAUCAUACAUGUACUGCCAAACUUAAAUGAAGUUUGUCUCCAACAUGUUUAUUUUCAAACUAAAUAAUUAAUAUGUAGGAGUGGAUAGUAAUGUUCAUUGCCUUGGACAGUGUAGUAGAACUUAAUUCUCUUCAAAGAAAAGUGCAUAUCAUAUGAAGUUAUUGUGGAUAGAGGAAAUUAGGAAAAUAGGAAAUGAGCAAUUAUGAGGUGGAUAUACAUGAAACAAUGUAAAACUUGAGAUCUUCAGCAAAUUUUGUUGUUUAUUACCUGACAAAAUGCUUGAUAAUAGAAACUACAAACCUAAAGGCAAUCAUAGUGUAUUAAAUCAAGUGUUGCAUGUUGUUAUAGAGAAAUAUUUCAGUAUUAACUACAGCAUAAGAAUGAAAAUCAAAAGUCUAUUUUUCCAUGUUUUGCAUAUUAAACAUUUUGUUGGGAUUAUUAGUAUAAUGAGUGUUUUCUCUUUCAGAUAUUUAGGUAGUGUUAGAUACAUAGAUUUGAUAACAUUUUUUGAACUCUUGUGACUGUUAAAUUUUGCUUUAACUUUGUUAAUGAUUUGUUUUAUGUUUUACAGAUAUACAUGCAUGUUUCUAUUUUUUAGACAAAUAUAUAUUUUUAUAAAAUAAAAAAAAAUCAACUGUG